AUGGAGAUCCAUCAUCAAAUUAAUACUUACGCUUGCAAAGUUGAGCCCUCUCAUAUGGUUGCAAAAACCCUUCGGAGUCGACUUCAGCGUCUUCAACUUUCAAUCAAGUUUGUUUAUGAAGUCCACCAUCACUAUAUCAACAUCUCAGAUUCUUCAGAAUUAACAAGUAUUUGCGAAAAUCAAGAAAAAAAUCGCCAUGCAACCUUCCGUUGUGAUAUGAACGAUUUGUUGGACAAUAUUGCUUACGGUGCCCUUUGUUCAAAACUUUUCUUUCUGAAUAUCGACUCAGAGAAGCAUAAUUUUAUAGUGCAGAAAAUUAUAAACUGCUGUCGUAAAACAAUUGGCGAGUCAGUGAUCGACAAGAAUUGCGCUGCACUCUUCAUAAGCGUAAAGAUAUCAAGAAAUCACUUAAUGUACCGUUGCGAAAGAUGUAUAGCGUUUCAGGCUACGGUGGAUUCGUUGAUGGAAGAACAAAAUAGGAACAACAACGGAAUGGUACCAUCAUCGAAGCUAUCGAUUGAGAAGAUGCUGAAAAGGGUUAGGGUUGUUGAAGAGAAAGAGUACAGCCGGAAAAGGAUGAGAACAAGGAGUAGAUUGGUGAGUGAAAACGAGACAUGCAUGGUAUGUUUGGAAGAGUUCGAUAAGGCAGAAACGUCACGUGCUUCGUGCAUGCCUUGCUCUCAUGUUUUUCAUGAGGAUUGCAUAGUAACAUGGUUGAAUCAUAGUCACUACUGCCCAAUUUGCCGCUUUGAGAUGCCUACAACUUAA